AUGUGUGGCAAAACUUACCUUGCUAGCACAUGGAGUAAAGAUCAAUGCCUGGACUCAGAGGCAUCUGUGAUGAACCACUUCAUCAAAUCAGUGGCUAUAGAGAGCUGCCAAGUUGAGCUUGUCAUAUGGGAUAAUACCGGGAUAAAUGAAAACGACAGAUUGCGACGUCUUUCGUACAAGGAUGUGCACAUGUUGUUGAUCUGUUUCGACAUUAGCGACCCUGAUUCAUUCGAGAACGUGGAAUACAUGUGGAAUGCUGAAGCCGCGCAAUUUCUUGCCAGGGUGCCCAAGGUACUUGUCGGGUGCAAGAAAGACCUGCGUAACAGUACCCAAACGCUCUCUAGAUUGCGGCGUCAGGAUAUGAUGCCGAUAUCUCCUUAUGCAGCGAACAAGCUAGCAAUCAGGAUAGGGGCGUUGGCAUACUUUGAAACAUCGGCUGUUGAGAAGCAAGGCCUCUCGGAUCUCUUUGAAUAUGUCGCAAAGACCGCAUUAGAGAUAUCGCCAAAGUCGGGAUUGAGCGGCAUACGCGGAGCUCUUUCAAAAAUUGAGAUUAAGUCAAGCUCUGAGUUGAAAUGA